GGGUUUCACGCUUGCGCCGGGCCCUGAUUGGUGCCGAGCGCCUGCGCGAUGCGCAGGAGGGAAGACGGCGGCCUGACGGGGUCGGAUGGCGCCUGCGUAUUGAGACGAGACAUUCGGCUGGCUGGCUCCGGCGGCUCCUGGGCCUUGGCCGUAGCAGCAGCGGUGGCGGCUCCGGCAGCCGCGGCGGGCGGCGGCGGCGGCGGCGGCGGUUGUUCAUCCCAUCCGCCCUCGUCCGCCGGGGGAAGUGGCGGCGUCUCGGUCGGCGGCGUCGGCGGGAGCGUCGCGGGCGAGCGGGGGAAGAUGGCGGAGCUGGGCAAGAAGUACUGUGUGUACUGCCUGGCCGAGGUGAGCCCGCUGCGCUUCCGCUGCACCGAGUGCCAGGACAUCGAGCUGUGCCCCGAGUGCUUCUCGGCUGGCGCCGAGAUCGGCCACCACCGGCGCUGGCACGGCUACCAGCUGGUGGACGGCGGCCGCUUCACGCUGUGGGGGCCCGAGGCCGAGGGCGGCUGGACCAGCCGGGAGGAGCAGCUUCUGCUUGAUGCCAUCGAGCAGUUCGGCUUCGGCAACUGGGAAGACAUGGCUGCUCAUGUUGGGGCUUCUCGGACACCUCAAGAAGUGAUGGAGCACUAUGUAAGCAUGUACAUCCAUGGAAAUCUUGGAAAAGCCUGCAUCCCUGACACCAUCCCAAAUAGGGUGACAGAUCAUACAUGCCCCAGUGGAGGACCCUUGUCUCCUAGUUUGACAACACCCUUGCCUCCUUUAGAUAUAACUGUUGCUGAACAGCAACAAUUAGGGUAUAUGCCACUUCGGGAUGACUAUGAGAUUGAAUAUGACCAAGAUGCUGAGACUUUGAUUAGUGGACUUUCAGUAAACUAUGAUGAUGAUGAUGUAGAAAUAGAGCUCAAGAGAGCACAUGUGGACAUGUAUGUUAGAAAACUUAAGGAGAGGCAAAGACGAAAGAACAUUGCCAGAGACUAUAACUUAGUACCUGCCUUUUUAGGGAAAGAUAAAAAAGAUAAAGAAAAGUCAAUGAAACGUAAAAUUACAAAAGAUGAGAAGGAGAUACGGGUGAAACUGAGGCCUUUGUACCAGUUUAUGUCCUGUAAAGAAUUUGAUGACUUCUUUGAAAACAUUCACAAAGAAAAGAUGCUCCGAACAAAAAUUCGAGAACUACAACGAUACCGUCGAAAUGGAAUCACCAAAAUGGAAGAGUCGGCAGAAUAUGAAGCUGCCAGGCACAAACGGGAGAAAAGGAAAGAAAAUAAGAACAUAGCCAACUCUAAAAGAGGAAAGGAAGAUGGGAAAGAUGGGGAGUUUGCUGCAAUUGAAAACCUCCCUGGCUUUGAGCUUUUGUCUGAUAGGGAGAAGGUGCUUUGUAGUUCUUUAAAUCUGAGCCCAGCUCGUUAUCUGACUGUGAAAACAAUUAUCAUAAAAGACCACCUCCAGAAACGACAGGGCAUUCCAUCUAAAAGUCGCCUCCCUAGUUAUCUGGACAAAGUUCUCAAGAAAAGGAUUUUAAAUUUCCUCACAGAAAGUGGUUGGAUAUCUAGGGAUGCUUCCUGAAAUGAGAACACUUGGAAAGCUGAAAUGAUAUCCAAACGCUUGUGAGCCAAAAUGACUAGGGUUUUUGAAGGAAAAGGGAGAGGAAGUUAAGUUUUUUGGGUUUUUUUUUCCCCAAUGUUGCCCUAUUUAAUAUGACUUGAGGAUUUUCUUUUUAAAGUGCAAACUCUCUUGGUUCUCUGAAAGAAGCAAUAGUAGCAGUCUUCUAGUGGAUCAUGAGGGAAACUAAGAUUUUCACUUGUUAGGUAGUCUUAAAGGUAAAUACUUGGAAAUGAUCAUAUUGGCCUUAAGUAUUUAGUCAGGAUUCUGAUAUUUGGGAUAUUAUGAGAUUGGAUGAUUUCCUGGGUUUUCUUGAGAUCUUUGCCCAUGGAGAAGAAAGAGGGACUGUGAAUAAAAUUUUUAUUUUGGGUUGGCCCUGAUACUUUAGUUCUGAUGGGCAGGGACUGUUUUCAGGAUGAGCUCUCAGGUUGCAUCUUCCAUUUUUAUUUCUCACGUGCAGACAGUGCUGCCAGCCAUCUGAAGUCCUUGUUCCUUGUCAGCACUGACACAAAGCACUUUAAAAAGGAGCAGUUUGGUACAUGUUCACUGCCAGCAUCCUGAACCAAUGAGUUAUUAAAUAGGAAAUAGACUGCCUAAAAUGUGAGUGACCCAGGUAUGGUGAGGCAAUAGAGCAGCUAGGAUAGCAAAGCAUGCUGGUGCCUUAGAGACUGAGACAAAGUAGAUAGAAGAAAUGUGGUCAUUGACGAAGGAAUGCAGUCAUUGACUGGUGGCAGCAAACAGGGAUUUGUGGUUUAUCCUAUGUCCCUAAACUGAGUUUUAAAAGUAUCUUUCUUAUUCUAACUAAGGUAUACAGAUCACGACUGAUGCAGAGAAGCAUGAAUUAUUUCAGUAAAAAUUGAUGCCCUCAGUCUGUUCUGCUGUCGCCCCAUUGGUACAUUUGGGGAUAUCUUGGAAUGGUUAAUCUGAAACUUAAGGUUGCAAAAAAAGUGUUUGGAUUAUACCCCUUAGCUUCUUUUUUUCCUGCUAAACCUCUAAAUUUACCCUCAACAAGACUUAUCUGAUUACAGUUUUGCUCUAAAUACUUAAUGUCUCCUUGCAUCUAUUCGACAGUACAUAUAUGAGUUAAGGAUAAGCCUAUUCUUAUCACAUUCCAAUUAUUUUGUUUCUUUUAUUCCUCAUUGAGUACACUAUAGUUUGUUGAAAAUAUAAUUGAAUCUGGCCAAAAAGGAUUACGUUGUAAUGCCACUUUGUCAAAAUUCUAAGGGCUAUAAACUUCACAACUUUUACAUUUUAAAAAGUCAGAAAAUUCUGAUCCAACAUCUUUAUUACUAAGCAGAUUCACAGAAGAUUUAGCAGAGAGGAAGUUAAAGUGGCAUUGCUUUUACAAAACUGUUGAAACAGGAUAUAGUGUAAUAGAGUCAUUAAAAGUGUCAUGGUAUUGCCCACACCAUUUAGUCUCUCAUUCCUUACUCUAUAGUCAAAAUACAGAUUAAAUGUCUUCCCUCUCCUGUAGCCCAUUUGAUAAGUUUGGCUUUCUCAUGGACUUUUUUGCUUUGGAAACUCGAUUGUGGGCUAUCGAGUCUUUUUUUUCCCCUUGAAUAUCCAGGACCCAUGUUUUAAAUCAUGGGAGUAGGUUUUGACUACUUCAUACUUGAAUGCAUCCUCUCCCUUCCUCCCCGCCAGCUUCCCACCUUCCUCCCCUCCUCUCCACCCCCAUCCCCCCACACACUGAGUUUUGUAGAAGGAAUAGAAGUGAGAUUGUUUAUGUACUGGUAUAUUAUUGGCUUGGGAUUUCAAGAAUAGAUUUAUUUGAAAGAAAAAAACAAUCCUCAGCAUUUCUAAGGUAAGGUGAAUUAUCUAAGGUGCUUUAUCUUCUCCUUUUCAUGUAUAUUGCUUCCCUCUUCCCUUAUUCCCCUCCUGAAAAGAGUACAAUUUCAACAUUAAAUAAAACAUUUUCAAAAUAUUUAUGAUCUUAGUUAUGAGGUACAUUGCAUAUUGUUGGCAGAUAAGCUUUAAAUAUUAUUUAAGGUGAUGAUUUCUCCUUUGGCAAUAUAGAUGCUUUCUCCAAGCAAUAGUUUUUUUUUUUUUAUUAGGAUGUAAAAGAAACGGCUCUGAGGACCACAUGCAUCAUUUGUCCUGCAGGCCGUAUGCUAAGGACUGAAGCUGGUUGCUGUCCACAAUUGAACAUUGAAAGAGAGAGGGAAGAUGGUGCUAAGUUUUUACUAUUGUCUUAGCCAUUCUGGUGCCUUUAAUUCAUUCAUCUUGAGUUCUAACUGCAUCAGACACUGGCUUACUCAUAUGGUUUCUAAAUCGGUCUGAUUUUUAUAUUUAGGAUGAUUAUCAGACUUCUAGGAAGUUUGAGAAGCAAUAGGUAUUCUGUGGGUAACCCAGGCAGGCAGCUGUCAAAUGAAAAACUUUAUGCUUCAGGUUUUUUCAUCUGUAUAUAUUUUGUGAAAGCAUGAAGAAUUUAUAUAAGUUUGAAUAUUGUUUUAAAACACCAUAAUGAAUGUAUAAUUAACAGUAUGUGAAAGUAUUAACACUUAGCUAAAAGGGAAGCUCUUUGGAUUGGUUGUCUCUUAGCUCUUAACCCUUCCUAGCUUGUAGCAUUAUAUUUAUCCUUAACCUUGGCUGUUACUUCAGAUCCAUUUAAACAUUUAUAUCAUCUCAUGAUUAAAAAUUAUUUAUUAGACUCCCACUAAAGUUUAUUCUUCAAAACUGAAAGUUAUUUAUAUACAUGUUAGUUAUAUGGAUCAAGUUUUAUAGCUAAAGAAUGAUCUUGAAGUUGUUCCACUUAGUUGCCAGUACUUAGAAGGUACAAUUUAAAUUCCCACCCCCCUCUACCCCCCCUUAGGUCUUUUUCCUAAGCUUUUUUUUAAAAAAAUCAUAUUCUUCAUUUAAAACAUUUUCCCUGGAAACUGAAGCCAAGAUUACUACAUCACCAUAAAGGUGCUUCUACACUCAGCUAUUAGUCAUAGACCUGUGUGAGAACUUGAAUGUAGAUAAAAUUGUAGUCCAAGCCCUGAUUUAAAAAAAACCGAUUUUAUUUGUGAAAUGAGAAAGAGAAUGUUUGUAUUCCUUCCUACUACUUCUUCCCCCAACCCCAGCCUUUUAAAUCUUGUUUUCAUGCAUUUUUUCAGAGUUGCAUGUUCUGGGUCAUGGCCAUAGGAAGGUAUAUUCAAGUAAUGCAUGCAUUGCUCCAGUCAAGAGGUAACAGCCCCCAAAAGCUUUUUGGACACUUAUUUAAAUUUGACAUGUUAGUGCCAAACUGAAACUUUUUCAGUCCUUCAGUGAAGUGUUUCCGUUACUAGAAAAAACCCCUAAGUUGGGCUAGGUAUCUCUGUAGGUACAGUCCAGAACUUCAGCCAGUGAAAGAACUGCUUCUCAUUGAGCCAGUCUGCAGUAUUCCAAGAUGGCCUAUGAAGGUUUCACACAACAUAUUUGUGAUAAAACUACAAGUCAUAUUUUGUUACUUUUCUGAAGUGUUUGAUGUUUUGGCAGUGUCCGUACUGUACAACUCAUCCAUGAUGCAAUUAUGCAAAAUCCAAAUAACUUGUUGUGAAUAGAAAAGUUGAAAAGGUCAUUGUUUAAUUUUCCAGUGUAAAUAUGUAUAUAAUUAAAGUGAUUUGUUUUCAUA